GUUUUUGGUUAAUCUUGUGAGAUAUCACCGACGGCUUGAUUUCUAUAAAACUUCAUAAAAAUAUUAUUUUAAUUUAAAAAAACACUGAUUUAUUUUAUUCAAAUAACUAGCAACCAGUUGAUUCCUAUAUAAGCAGUAAUUAAUUUAAUAAUUAAUAAUAAUAAAAAAAUGGAAGGAGCUGAUCCAGAAUACGGUAGCCAGGCCGAUUUUAUAAAAGAUGAAUUUAAUUUCGGGGUUGACGAGAAAGAUCCGUACACCAAGGCUUUACUUAAUGAAGAGCCCAAGGAGGAUGAGUGGAUGGAUAUCCUGGGUAAUGGUCAGCUGAGGAAGAAGACCAUUGUAAAAGGACAGAAAGGCACUAGACCUAACCAGGGUGAUCUGUGCACUGUUGACAUUACCGGUAGCUUAACUGAAGAUGGGAAAAAUAUUAUUGAAACUUUGAAGGCUGUUACAGUCCAGCUUGGUGAUCAUGAAGUUAUUCAGGGAUUAGAAUUGGCUUUGGCGUUGAUGGACGUCGGCGAAGUCGCUGAGAUAGAAAUAGCUGCAAGGUUUGGUUAUGGAGACGUUGGUAGGCAGCCUGAGAUACCACCUGGAGCUAAAUUAUUUUACAAUGUUGAGUUAAAGCAUGUUGACAUGGAGCCAGACAUUGAUAGUUUGACUGUAACACAGAGGAAGGCUAUUGGAAAUAAAAAACGAGAAAGAGGCAACUGGUGGUUUUCACGUGACGAACCAACAAUGGCGAUCCAGUGUUACCGCAGAGCCCUAGAAUUUUUACUGCCCGGUGACAAUUACGAUCCGAAAAAAUUCAAAGACGAAAAAAUAACAGACAAUGACCUAGAAAUACUUUUGGAAGAUAGAACGAAGGUCUACAAUAAUCUAGCGGCUGCUCAAAUAAAAACCGAGGCUUAUGAAGCCGCUCUUGAGAGUGUUGACAACGUUUUAAGGACAGAGCCACACAAUGUCAAGGCCUUGUUUAGAAAAGGACGAAUUCUUCACAAGAAAAGUGAGUACGCAAGUGCCGUAAAAGUAUUCCAAGAAGCCGCGAAACUAGACCCCGAGUCCAAAGCCAUCCAACAAGAGUUAUUAAUCCUCAAGGAAAAAAGCGCCCGUGAAAAUAUCUACGAGAAAAAACUGUAUCGCAAAAUGCUGGGAGGCUCCAAGGCUGAAAAUUCUUCUCCUGCAGAUAGUAAAAAACAAUCCAACUCCUCAAAACAACGAAGUAAGAGUAAAUUAGCUAUCUGGAGUCUUAUUGGUGGUACGCUAGCUACAUUCGCCGGUAUCAUAGUGUAUAAAUUAACGCUUUAAAAAAAUUUAGUUAUUUAUUACCAAAACAAAAACUUUGAACUUUAUUUUAAAUAGUGACAUUCCAAAAUUGGACUUUAUAUAAAU